GACCCAUCCGACUCGAACACUCCCCGCUGUCAAAUCUCCCCUCCCUCUCGCCGCCGGCGAAAGGCAACCACCGGCAGCAGCAGCACCACCGGCUGGAGGCGCGAUCUUGUAGGCUCAGCGGAGAUGGGGAAGAAGCAGCACAGCAAGGACCGGAUGUUCAUAACGCGGACGGAGUGGGCGACGGAGUGGGGCGGUGCCAAGCAGAAGGAGGCCGGCACGCCCUUCAAGCGCCUUCCCUUCUACUGCUGCGCGCUUACGUUUUUACCAUUUGAGGAUGCGGUGUGUACUGCAGAUGGAAGUGUCUUCGAUCUGAUGAGCAUAAUUCCAUACAUUAAGAAGUUUGGUAAGCAUCCAGUAACAGGAGCACCACUCAAGCAGGAAGAUCUAAUUCCUUUAACAUUCCACAAGAACUCAGAUGGAGAGUUCCAGUGCCCUGUUUUGAAUAAAGUUUUUACAGAGUUCACACAUAUAGUUGCUGUAAAAACUACUGGGAAUGUCUUCUGUUAUGAGGCAAUCCAAGAACUUAACAUCAAGCCAAAGAAUUGGAAAGAGUUGAUAACUGAUGAGCCCUUCACUCGAAAUGACUUGAUAACUAUUCAGAAUCCAAAUGCAGUUGAUAGCAAGAUCCUAGGGGAAUUUGACCAUGUCAAGAACGGCCUCAAACUUGAAGACGAAGAGUUACAACGAAUGAAAGAUGAUCCAACCUACAACAUAAACAUUUCUGGUGAUCUUAAGCAAAUGAUAAAGGAACUUGGAACUGAAAAGGGAAAGCUGGCUUUUUUGCAUGGUGGGGGAGGGCAAAAAGCUCAAAAAGAAAGAGCUGCUGCACUUGCUGCUACUUUAGCAAAAAAGGAGAAGGAUGACUCAAAAUCUGGCAAAGAACCUAAACCCCAUCAGUCUUUCAGUAUUGUAGAUGCUGCUUCUGCUUCCGUUCAUGGCAGAAGCGCAGCUGCAGCAAAGGCUGCUACUGCUGAGAAAACAGCUGCUAGAAUCGCAAUGCACAUGGCAGGAGAUCGAGCUCCUGUAAAUGCUAAACUGGUUAAAAGUCGUUACACUACGGGAGCAGCUUCACGUUCUUUCACAUCAACUGCCUACGAUCCUGUCACCAAAAAUGAAUUUGAGUAUGUUAAAAUUGAAAAGAAUCCAAAAAAGAAGGGAUAUGUUCAGUUGCAUACCACCCAUGGUGAUUUAAAUCUGGAGCUUCAUUGUGAUAUAACACCUCGUACAUGUGAAAAUUUCCUGACACAUUGUGAAAAUGGUUAUUAUAAUGGUCUUAUCUUCCAUCGUAGUAUCAGAAAUUUCAUGAUUCAAGGUGGUGAUCCAACUGGCACAGGAAGUGGAGGGGAGUCCAUAUGGGGUAAACCUUUCAAGGAUGAACUGAAUUCAAAACUUGUACAUUCAGGAAGAGGUGUUGUAAGCAUGGCUAAUUCUGGCCCUCAUACCAAUGGGUCCCAAUUUUUCAUCUUGUACAAGUCCGCACCACAUUUAAAUUUCAAACACACCGUAUUUGGCAUGGUGGUUGGUGGCUUGACCACUCUUUCAGCUAUGGAAAAGGUUCCUGUUGAUGAUGAUGACCGACCAUUGGAGGAAAUAAAGAUACUAAAAAUAAGUGUGUUUGUGAAUCCUUACACGGAACCGGACGAAGAAGAAGAAGAAAAGGCAAAGGAGGAGGAGAAGAAAAAGGAUGAGGACUAUGAUAAGGUAGGAUCAUGGUAUAGCAAUCCAGGCACUGGUGUUGCUGGUUCAACCAGUUCUGGCGGUGGAGUUGGCAAGUACCUAAAAGCUCGGACAGCUGGCUCUGCUGACGUGGUUGGAAAUUCCAUUGCUGCAGAUGAUUCAAACAAGAAAAGAAAAGCAGAUGUGUCUAAUGUAGAGUUUAAAGAUUUCUCUGGGUGGUAAAAGCCUGAUGUAUACGAAUCUCCCUUUCUCAUGAGAAACAGCAAGUGCAUACUUCAGUAACUAUGGGGCAUGAUCUCCUUCAGUGUUCUGCUAUGGGUUUAUACUGUCUACGAUGCACAAGGUCUACUAUUAAAUUUACCUCUAUAUAAGCAGGUUUGAGUAGAGUGACCUGAUCCGCUGGUAGGAUUAGUGUUUUAUUACUAGAUUCUUCUGCUAUCGACUUGCUACAUGGUACCUUAUCAAAUCAAAGCCUUUACAAUUUAGAGUUACAGCAGCUGGCAUCUGUAUUAAUUUCAUAUACUGUUUUGUUGUGGGUAUCUAAAAGAGUGUUUUCUCAAUUU